CCUUGUUUUCGACCAGCAGAAAAAUGCAAUUCCUGUUGCUUGGAUCAUAACUCCCAAUUUUACACAUGGUGAAAUACAUAGAUGGAUGGGUGCUCUAUAUGAUCGAGUUCGUACAAAAGGCCCGACAUGGCAGUUGGGCGGCUUCAUUAUUGAUGAUCCAUUGACUGAUGUGCGCACUAUAAGGGAAGUGUUUCUGUGCCCGGUGUUGAUUUCCUUAUGGCGUGUCUGUCACGCUUGGCAUAAAAAAUUGAUGAACAAGUGUUCAGAUUUUGAGAGGCGUUCAAUGAUGUCUAAACGACUUGGGGAGGCAAUAUCCAGCAUCAGAGGAAACGGUGAUAUAGAAUUAUUUCAGGCCUUCCUGGAAGAUUUUAUUGAUUGCUCUGGCUUUGUAGACUACUUCAAAGCUCUAUGGUUUCCAAGACUUGGGGCAUGGACAAGCGUCUUGAAGACCAACCCGUUGGCUACUGCUGAGGUAGCUUCAGCAAUUGAGAGGUACCACCACCUGCUAAAACUUCGGCUGUUGAAUGAGGCAGAUGAAAGCAUCUAUCAACAUGCAGACUGGUUGGUUCACAAGUUGGGUACAAAGGUUCACUCUUACUAUUGGUUGGAUGAAUUUUCUGGGAAGGACAGUUUCUCUCGCUACUGGAGGAGUGAGUGGAAAACCGGCCCAAACCCAUGGCAGCAGGGAUUGCAAAUUCCAGAUUCUGAUAUUGUAAUUGAAGGCAAUUGUGCUAGAGUGGUCUGCCAGAAACACAAGGAGAAGUCCCAUGUCGUUCUGAACCCAAGCUCUGAGCUUGCAUUGUGUGACUGUAGUUGGUCAAGCAAGGGAAACCUUUGCAAGCAUGCAAUGAAGUCGGCUAAGGAACAUGAACCUUAUGAUGACCCAUAGUUGGAUGUAUGUGAGAGAUGAACAUCCAGACAUCCUUGAUGACUGGGAUUCUAGGAAGACGAUCACAUACUCGACCAGCCCACCUGUCACCGCGAGAAUCAUCCUGGUAACAAUGUAGCUGAUCUCGGGAUUCAUAUUGUGUUCCUCAAGUUAUUUUGCAUCGUUUGAUCUUUUGUGUCUAUAUACUCCCCCUGGUGCGUCAUUUUCCUAAUCACAAGCAUUUAUUUCCUUCUUUUUGUAUCUUGCUUAGUUUUAAGAGAAACAUACAGAGAGAAAACUACUUUCAUGAUGGAUCUGCACUCUGCAAUUUGUUUUGCAUAUAACAUGGGACUGUUACUUUCAAUACAGUUGAUGUUAGGAGUAUUAGAUGCAUAUAUGAAGGAGUUCCAUCAACCAGGAUUUUAGAUGUUGCAUUAGAGUCAAAAAUUUAGACUGAUUUGCAAGAUGGAAUAUCAGAGAACACGUUUCAGACAUUCAGUGACCACCCAAAGAGACUAAUAUGCCACAUACUUGUAUGUUUCCUUUUUCAUCUUUGUACAAAACUAAAUGUAGAGAAGUAUUCAUUUCUCACUCAAACUUAUAUUUGUUUUCUAUUUAAGAAUGUUGAUUCAUAGAGCCCAAAUACGCUCUUUCAUUUCCUGGUGAGUUUACUUAGUAUGGGCCAGUGUAAGGUAAUAAAGAUGAUACUGUCGGUAGCUUCAUCAUCAUUGAUUAAUUGUUACUCCUUAUUUCAGAAAAUCUACAACCAAGAACAUUUGUUUGUGUCAGACAUCUUUAAUAACUGACGUGGAAGUAUUGACAGUUCUUCACAAGCUAAUUGUUUGAUGUGAUUAUCUCGUGGUGCUUUUGCUCCAGCUUCAAUUGCAUUGCUUCUGCUGUAUCGAUGGACUCUUUUCCCUUCGGUCAUUGAUUGAACCGAUUUGAUUCUGCAUAGCCGCAUAGGGAUAGGUACUUUUGAUAGUCUGCUAUACAAAAAUAUUUGGUCAGUUAUUACCCUCCCUAUGUAUCUAUUCUUUCUCAAGUUUGAAUUGUUAAUAUAUCUAUUAGAGGAUUAGUUAUCCGUCUGCGCAAGGACCAAUACAGGUUAAGCACCCAUUGUUUUAAAGUAGAUUGUCUCUAUUCUCAUGCACGUGGACUUUCGGGGUAUCGAUACAAUGAAGUUCCACAAUGAUUCUCUUAAUUUCUAGGUUUCAGUAUCUUUUAGAUUGGUGUUCAAAUCAUACAAUUUU